AUGACGAACUACUGGGAGCCUGGCACUGAGUACGGUUCCGGCGACAUCGUCGAGUACGAGGGCCACCGCUACAAGAUCAUCCAGCCUCACCGCUCGCAGAGCGACUGGACGCCGCCUGCCACACCUGCUCUCUGGGGGCGCCUUCAAGAUGGCGACCACGGCUUCGGCAGCGGCGAAUACCGCGCGCCUGAGCACCAUGCUGAGAACCCGCCUCAGUACGGUUAUGGUCAAGACUCCAAGCCCGAGCAGCCCGUGUAUCAGGCGCCCCCAGAGCAGACAACCCAGAUCCAGCACGACGAGAAGGAGAAGCACUGGUGGGAUCUGGACGACGACCGCAAGAAAGAGCUCCUGGUCGGCGGCGGCCUGCUUGGUGCAGCCGGCCUGCUGGCCGGCGGUUUCUACGCCUACAAAAAGCAUGAGAAGAAUGAGGAGGAGGAGAAAGCCAUGCAGUUCGGUCUCCAGAAGUGGCUCGAGGACGCUCAGCGCCGCCGCGACGAGUUCUACAGGAACGGGCCUCGCGCGCCGACGUCUUGGAUACUGACGCAGAACCAUGAUAUCCCCGAUGGUGCUCUCCCAGCGGGUCGCAGCCCUGACGGCGACACCAUCUAUGUUGCGCGCGCUUUCCACGAGGGUGGCGUUCACGUCGGCCAUGUGUCCCGCAGCACAAAGCAGGGUGCUGUUAUCAGCUUCGGCGGUGACGACUUCGAGGUGACUACCUAUGAGAUCCUGCUGGGCGACGAGCGCGCUGUACACUGGGAGCACCUCCGCGGUCGUUUCGUCCCCCAGAACCUAUACAACGCACCAGUCGAGGGCGGGCACGAGGCCAACGGGGCCCCUCUCGCUGUCGCGCGUGCCGAGAAGGAUGGUUGGCUCAUUCCCGGAAAGGCCAGUGCGAAUGUCGAAGGUGCUAACAUCGCGUACCACGGCAAGGAGAAGCGCGUCGAGAAAUACGAGGUGCUCUGCUAUAACAAGGCUGGCGGGUUCUAA